AUGCCUGGUCUCAAACUACAACCUGCUGACUCAUUCGUCCCUCCUGACGUUAAUAACCCUCCCUUCUACAUUCCUCUCAAAAAUAUCGAUUCAAGAUACAAUGUGAUUCAGGAAUUAGGGAAAGGGUCCUUUGGAUCUGUCACACUAGCCGAAACGUUAUUUGACAUGAAGAAAUCAUCACAAGAGAUAUCUUCCAUGUACCCAGAAACCCUAAUGGAUCAAUGUUUAAUAAGGAAUGUCGAACAAGAAAAUUGGUAUUACAAGAAGAAGGGAAUUGUAGCAAUUAAAACAAUGAUGAAUAGACUAUCAACCUUACACGACUACACUAGAGUAAGGGAAAUAAAAUUCAUUCUACAAAUCCCUGCACACAAAAAUCUAGUGACUGUCUAUGAGAUGUUCAUCGAUGACUCCUUAUACCACUUGCACAUCGUUAUGGAAUGCAUGGAGCAGAAUAUUUACCAAUUGAUGAAUCACAGAAAGAGACGAGUAUUCUCCUUACCCACUCUAAGGUCUAUCUUAUUUCAAAUAUUAGCUGGUAUCAAACAUAUUCAUGAUCAUGAUUUCUUCCACAGAGAUAUUAAACCGGAAAAUAUCUUAAUUUCACCUUCCCAUAGAUACUUCAGCAAAAAAUGGUUAGAGGAUGACAACUACCCUGACAACUAUGUAGUAAAGUUGGCAGAUUAUGGAUUAGCAAGGCAUGUCAACAACAGAUCCCCCUACACAACUUACGUUUCAACGCGUUGGUAUAGAUCACCGGAGAUACUAUUGAGAAAAGGAUAUUACUCUAAACCACUAGAUAUCUGGGCUUAUGGAUGUGUAGUGGUAGAGUUAGCAACUUUCUCACCAUUAUUCCCAGGUUCAGAUGAAACAGACCAAAUAUGGAGAAUACUUGAUCUUUUAGGAUCUCCUGAUCAUUCUACAAAUGGUAAAGAACAUUUCGGAGGUACAUGGCCAGAUUGCAAAUCAUUAUAUCAGGCCUUGAACUAUGAGUUCCCUUACGUAGAGGGUAAAACGAUAAGAGAUGUCUUACCAAAUCCACAGCUAGAAGAUCUAUAUGAUGUUGUUACAUCGUGUUUGAAAUGGAAUCCUAAUGACAGAGCAUCUGCAAAUGAACUCUGUGCAUUACCAUAUUUCAAGGAAUACGUAAUAAAGGAGGCUAAGAUGGCGAAGGCUGAUGGCGGUGAUAUUUCAAACGGCAAAGAGGGUUCAAUGAUUGCAAGUAAACUUGGUAUCAAUUCCUUGGCUUCAAACCAAUGGAGCCGUAUACUUUCAGGAUUACCUCCAAAAGCUGACAUCGGGAUCGUUCCUAACUUCAACAACCCUCAGAAAGCUCUUAAGAUUGAAAAGGUUAAUCAUUCAAUUUUGUCUCAAGAGCAGCAGCAACAUCAGAAAGAGCAGCAGCAGAAAAGAAGUGGGGUUGCAUCCUGGUUCAAAUUUUCCACUAACAAAAAUCAUGUUAAUGUCAAUCCUAAUGAAAAGGCAUACGGUAAAGCUUUGCUGACAGAUGCAAUAGAUGAAAAUAACUCUAACAAAAAUAGAAGAAUCGACGAAAGAUUAUCUGGAGAAAUACCACAACUACAACAAAAACAGCAGCUGCAUGAUCAUAAACACACAAAUCACCAUCACCACCAUCACCACCAUCACAACCAACAACAACAGCAACAACAACAGGAACAUGUGGAUAUUUUAGCGGGUCACAACGAUAGAAUGGAUGAGCUGAAUAUUAUUAACCAUGCGAAUAAUGAUAACGAAGUUUUCACCAUUGAGCUGGAUGAUAGUAUGGAAACGAUGACGGGCUCACAACAAAUAUCAAAGGAAUUGAAUGAGAAAGUUGAACUAUAUCAAGAAUCAAGCAACAGUCAGCUAGAAAUUGAUAACGGGGAUCUAGACAUCAAUGACGUAUCAGACGCAGUUCAAAUGGACCAAGAGAACUAUAGGAUUCAUGUGUUGAAUGAAUACGACACCGAUGAAAACUUAGCGGAUGAAAUCCAAGCCAUCGAUGAGGACGAGAACACUGACAAUAUUGUUCGUAAUUCUCAAGAUCUUGAAAAUGAUGAAGAUGAUGAUCCAGAUAGUCUCUUGAAUUAUUACCAAGAAAUGAUGGCUAAGAAAUUACCACCAAACGGCACCAAGGGACAUUACACACAUUCUAAUGGAGUAUGCCCAACGUUAUCAGACCGAAUGGCUAUUGACGACUCAAUUGAUUUGCAGGAACAAAUCCCCAGGAAUCUGCUGGAAAGGGCAGUUCAACAGAGAGUACUCGAUUGUCUAUUAGAUUCCUCCGAACAGAUAUCACAGAAUCUGAUUCAAAACUCUAAUUCCCAUAAUCAUUCAAUUCAUGAUGGUUUAAGUUUUUAA